AUGCACUGGCUCAUUAUAUUUUUUCUACUUGGAAAAUGUGACGGAUUAUUCAUGCAGGAAAAUGCAUCCAUAGCAAUAAUUGGUGCUGGAUUUGCUGGGCUCCGAGCAGCUCAACGGUUUGAAGAGCUCGGAAUUGUAUAUACAAUAUUUGAGGGAUCGGAUAGAAUUGGAGGAAGAGUUUAUUCGUUUCCUUAUCAAAAUGGAUACUUGCAAUUUGGAGCUGAAUAUAUUAAUGGAGAGGAUAAUGAUAUUUAUGAAAUUGUUGAACGGAAAAAUUUGCUCUCAACAUCUGAAACUGACAAAGAUGAAUUUGAAACCAUGGUUUAUGGAAAACCAGUUCAUGACACGUUUCACAACAUUUGGAACCGAUUCGAAAUUACCACAAUGGCUAAACUAGAGAAGGACGCGGCAAACAAAGGAAUUUCUAUGAACAGUGUACCACAACGAAUUGAUUUCUAUUUUGAGGAGUUCAAGAAUAUCACAGGACUUGAUCCCGAUGAAGCCAUAGUUUUUGAAAAAAUGUUAAAAAUCUACAAAAAUCAAUUUCAAAUUGAAUGGUCGGCUAGUGCGGAAGAUCUUUGUCUCAAAAACUUUAACACGUGGGAUUCAGGUGUUGACUCAGAAGCAACACUUAACAAUAUGGGAUUCAAAACCAUUUUAGAUGAAUUAACUUCGAAAGUUUCAAAAAGUAAAAUGAGGAUGUUAUCAAAAGUUGAAGGUUUGGAUUACACAGGCAAGUUUUUUCAAAGACAAUAAUGUUAAAAUAUUUUUAAACAAUGGUGAAACUUUCAUAUUUGAUUAUGUAAUUGUUACGUCUUCUCUUGGAUAUUUAAAACAAUUCAAAAGUUCUCUUUUUACCCCAUUGCUUCCAGCCGAAAAAUGAGAGCAAUUGAAAGAGCUGGAUUCGGAAGCAACUUGAAAAUUUUCUUGGAAUAUGAGAAACCAUGGUGGCCACUUGGAACGACUUUACGAAUAUCCGGAAAAAUUGAGGUUAAUCAAACCACUCUGGAAGACGAUUUCAUGGUUUUCGAGCCCAGUUCAUGGGCAAAGAAUAUUCUCGUUGCCUGGGUGGCUGGAAACGGGCCGAUGAAAAUUGCGGAACUUUCUGACGUUCAACUGAAUGAAAUCAUCAGCAAACAUCUUACAACAAAUCUUAAAAAUAUUUACAAUAUUCCGAAAAUUCAAAAAAUCUAUCGUCACAACUGGAUUACUGAUGAGUUUGCUCGUGGAAGUUACUCGUAUAUUUCUGAAAAUACAUGCCACUCAAACACAGAUGAUAUCAAGAUUUUGAGAGAUCCUGUGCUCCGCAAUAGAAAACCCAUAAUUUGUUUUGCUGGUGAGCACACAGAUUCAAAGAUGUAUCAAACAGCUGUUGGAGCAUCAAGAAGUGGUCUUAGAGAAGCUGAUCGAAUAUUUAAUUAUAUGAGAUCAACUUGA